AUGCCUCGACCAACUAAAAGAAAAGCCGCAUAUAAAAAAGUGUUGCGAGAUGAAAGAGGCAAGGAAAUGAAUUCAAUUUUAUCGACACAAAAGCAAGCUAACGGAGACGGAUUGAGUGACGAUUCAUUAAGCAUGAACGAUGAGCGAAAAUAUAUGCUUUUGUAUAGACAUGAAAUUAUAGGUACAUAG